AACCACAUGACAUCAAGAUGGCAGAAAGCGACUUGAUCGUCAAAACUUUUGUUAUCCGCAGAGUUUUUCCUGUAUGUGCGGUUUUGAUCGUGCUAUACGUUUUCAAGAAAAACUCUAAAAGAAUAAAUGGGAUCGUAUCAGCCUACGUUCUAAAUAGGGCCGUACCGUCUCUUAACAAAGCAACCAAAGGACAGAAACAAAAAUUAUUCUCAGGAAUGUGGGACCAGCAACGCAAACUUGGGCGUGAUUUGAAGAUUCUUGAAAUUGGAGCGGGAAGCGGGGCCAAUUUUCAGUUUUACCCUUCAAAUAGUGUUGUCACUUGUUUAGACCCCAAUGAAUAUUUUCACGGAUAUUUGGAGGAAAAUUCAAAGAAAAAUGGACUAAGUGUUAACUUUUUGAAAGGAUUUGCAGAGAAAAUGGAAGGUGUAGAAGAUAAUACUUUUGAUGCAGUGACUUGUACCCUUGUUCUGUGCACUGUUAGGAGUGUUGAAAAAUCACUUGAUGAAGUACAAAGAGUUUUAAAACCGGGUGGAAAGUUUUAUUUCUUGGAACAUGUGGCAGCGGAGAGAAAGUCAAUUACAAAAUUUUUCCAGAGACUUCUUAAUCCAGUUUGGAGAAGAGCUUUUGGUGGAUGUCAGAUUAUCAAGGAAACAGGGAACGAGGUGCGGAAGGCUGGGUUUGCUGAAACUCAAGUUACACCAUUCAAUGGAGCAUUCCCGUUUGUUUUUGUUGUUAGACCUAUGUGUAUGGGUAUAGCAACGAAGUAAAUUUUAUUUUAAUCAAAAAGUAUUCUGUACAGGGAUUAAAAUUUCAAAGUUCUUGAGAGAUGGAAGAUUUUUAUUUUUCAGGCCAAAAUUAAAAUUGAUUUGUUUGAUGUCCUUAAACUGCUCCUACCCAAUAAUUUUUUUUCAGCUUUUUGAAUUUGAUUUUUUUUCAAUGGCAUUUAAUUAGACUGUCAUGUUAAAUAGACAUUUGGAUGGUAUUUUUGUAUCAAUAAAUAUUGAAUUUGUCAGUAUAGAAAAUAUAAAAAAUAUAUUCUGAUUGUCAGAUUAUCAAUUUGCAAGAAAGAUUUUCUAAAAAAAAAAACACUAUUUAUAUUACAUGUAUUAAUACUUGCCUCAAUUUAAACACUGCUCUAUUCUCUUAUUUAAAGCAUGUGGGGACUUUUGUAAGAACCAUAGCACUGGUAGAUGAGCGAAAAAAUUAAUGUGUUCUGUAAUGUUUAUGUUAAGUGGAAUAGACUGCUGUGUAAGCAUAUUUUUAUUUAUUGACAUAUAUUGUGCGGAAGUGUUUACAUCAGUGUGAUAAACUACGAUGAUAUGCUAAUUGCUAAACUGUGUGAGUGAAUUACUUAAUUUACUUUCCUAGUCUGAGUAUUGUUAGUGUGAUCUGUGUGGUAAUGUAUUGUACAAAUGUUUUUUCAGGUCAAUUUUUAUUUUUCCAUUUACAAUUCAGAUAUAUUUAAAUUUAUUUGCAGGAGCAUGUAAUACAGAACAUUUUACAUAAUGUAUUUUAUUUGAUGUAUGGCAGUAAUUUGUAAUUACAAACAUAUAUUACAUGUAAUCUGUGAUAAUGCAGGGUGUUCUAUGAUAGAGUUUAUUUAAUCACCCUCCUUUUUCUGUUUAUGUAUAUUUCAAUUUAUUUGUUUACAAUUUCAUCAAAGUAAUUUUACAUGUAACAUUGUGUUUACAAAAUGACAAUAUCAAUCUAUUAAAGCGUUUCAUAAUAUGAAAACUUAUUUUUACAGGCAUGUACUUCAAACAUUUGACUUAAUACAUUUAUAUUCGUUUGAAUAGUAGUAGAUAUUUUCACACUGUUGUGUAUCAAUCUACCUCCAUGAUAAUCUUUUGUCGGAAAAUGGCUAUUUUUAUAUUAUCUUUCACAUUUGUUUCUGUGAGCAAAGAGUGAAAAUGUAUUGUAAUGUUUGUUGUUUUUCCUAACCCUUAAUAUUUGUAAGAAUAAAUGUUGAACUGAUUUACA